UUCGGGGAACUUUUUAGCGACGCAACGGCAUUACUUCCGGUCCACAUGUAAACGCUCCAGCGUGAUUUAACACAGAUAAGGACAAACCGUGACUGUCUCCGUACAUUUAUUUGUAGGUUUUCAGUAUCGGUGUGUAAACAUGAAGCUGCUCACACACAACAUGUUGACGUCUCACGUGAAGGGAGUCACUAAAGGAUACCCGCUGCUCAUCAAGGCAACUGAGGUGAAGGUGAAUGAGGUGGAGUUCAACCCUCAGUUUGUCAGCCGGAUGAUUCCCAAAGUGGAGUGGAGCUGUCUGGUCCAGGCUGCAGAGCAGCUGGGUCAUCGGCAAGACCUGCCAGGUGAGCUGGUGCCAGACUACGAGAAAAAUGAAGAGUUCCUGAAGAAAGUGCACAGAGUGCUGUUGGAGGUGGAGGUGAUUGAGGGCUGUCUGCAGUGUCCCGAGUCAGGACGAGAGUUCCCGAUCUCCAGAGGAAUCCCCAACAUGCUGCUGAACGAAGACGAGGUGUAAACACCAGCACGACGGCUCUCGUUACACAACCUCACACCAAACUGUCACUCAGAUGGGCCUGUGGGUAUUCAGAGAGAGACGAAAGAGGCUUGACUCUGGUUUGAGUUGGUGCCAUGAGAAAAUAGGCCACACUGUUUGGUUGAUUGUAGUUAUGACAUUUUUAGUGGCUGAUCCUGCCAGUGGAGGGAAAAGAUUUGAGGAGUAACGGAUGGAAAUGUUCCCCGAGAGUAACCCCCUGUGGUUUUAUCUGUAUUUAUUUUUGUAACUGUUCAGGCUCUUUCUUUUUUCUUUUUCAAUAAAACUGUCCCAUUUUCCAUGACAGCCAAAA